AUGACGAAUCCAUUCCAACAUGGCCCGUCUGGCUUCAAUCCAGAUGUAACAUUUACUGGCUUCCUACCUCGUAUCAGAUCCUCCUACGCGUCCGUAGUAUCCGGUUCCAACCCCGGCCUUGCAUCGAGUUCGUUUCGGACGAACCGCCUACAAUACCUCCUCAAUCCCGCAAACGACUCCUCCGAUCUCUACUCGACCCGUCCAUCGUCCCGACACCACAGCAUGAGUCCCGAACACCACGGCCAUUCCCCGGAUGGAGGGGCAUCAGGCUCAGCACACCGAGGCCCGCAGCUGCCGCCGCUGUCGAGAGCGUUCGAGAGGUUCAUGGACAGUGAUUCCCCAGACGCCUUCUACACCCCACAUAUGAACAGUGGCUUUUUCACACCAUCGUAUCUGCGGGGGUCCAGCUACAUACAGAAGCUCGGGGAGGCUCAUGAGGCAAAACGAGUACAGACAGAGACCCAGCAACAAGCAGGUGGUGGUGGAUCGCAGGCAGGUCCGGCUUCCGCUUCGUUGGGCAGCAAGCCACCAGCGUCCCAUCUGGGGAUGACCUAUGAUUUGAUUGAGCGAGCACCCGCCUUUGAUAGCGAUCAGCCCGUUGCUCCCCUGCCGACGCGAUGGAGCACGCAAGACAAAUCUAUCGGAUUGGAGGUUUCCGUCGAUGGACUCGAGGUCAAAUACAACCAGACAGUCCGGAAUUCCAGGGAACAAGAACAUGAAGUGUGCUCAAUCCGUGCAAAUCACCCCAUGCCCACGCAGGCGGGCAUAUAUUACUUCGAGGUGAUUUUGAUGGGUAAGAGAAGAGACGAGACCACCGUAUGCAUUGGCUUCCUAGGCAAGAACGUGAACCUCAACAGGCCACCCGGAUGGGAGCCUGAAUCAUGGGGCUAUCACGGCGACGAUGGCGAUGUUUACUCCGGCGGCAACGUGGGAAAGCGAUACAAGGAUACCUUUGGUGUUGGUGAUGUUGUGGGAUGUGGCGUAAACUUCCGUACUGGUCAGGUAUUCUUCACCAAGAACGGAAUCAGUCAGGGUAUGCUUCCUCUCAUCACCCUCCAAACUCGACUUCGCAUUAUGCGCCGACGGUCUUCUGACCUAGGAUCUGACCACGACAUAGGCGUUGCGUUUCGUGACAUCAAGGGGAAGCUGUACCCUGCCGUUGGUGUGAAGAAAACCGGCGAACAUAUCCGUGUGAACUUCGGCCAAUCUCCAUUCUACUACGACAUUGAUAAAGUUAUGAGGGACGAGCAGGAGACGAUCAAGGACGCCAUCUCAAGAACCAGUAUCAAGAGGCUGAUGUCGCCGCCGAUAAAUGAGACGGAUCUCAUUCAGCAGCUUGUCUUGCAGUUUCUACAGCAUGACGGCUAUGUCGAGAGUGCCCGGGCUUUUGCUAGAGAGAUUCAGAACGAGCAGCAAGCUCUCAGAAUCAACCCAGACGUUCCAAUAGCUGGUGUCAACAUCAAGGACGACGAUGAUGCUCACAAUCGACAACGCAUUCGGCGAGCUAUACUGGAGGGCGACAUUGAUAAGGCAUUAAAACUCACCAGAACCUUUUACCCGCAGGUGCUAGAUGACAACCACGGCGUUUACUUCAGAUUAAGAUGUCGAAAGUUCAUCGAGAUGGUGCGAAAGUCGGCAGAAUCCAGUUCUGUAGUCAAUAAGAGGAGUAAUGGUCACUAUGGCGACGACAAUCCUAAUGAGAUGGACGUCGACGAGAAUGGCUUCUCGGACAGCAUGGAAGAGGACGCUAUAGACCCCCAAGCGGACGAAGACGAUCUGAUCGAGUACGGCCAGGCUCUUGAAGCCGAAUUCAAAGACGAUCCGAGACGAGAGAUAAGGAGGACGCUCAAUGACGUGUUCGCUCUACUUGCAUACACCAACCCGCUCGAGGUCAAAGAGAUCGCGCCUUUGCUUGACCGGAAAGGUAGAGUGGUAGUUGCUGAAGAGCUCAACUCAGCCAUUCUGUCUUCUCUGGGAAAGUCCUCGCGCUCAGCACUAGAAAACCUCUAUGGGCAAACCAGCGUGUUUCUCGAUUACCUUCGAGAAGAUGGCGGUCCUGGGUCUCUAGUUACGAUCCAGUCUGUCAUCGACGAGAUACCAAAGUCUCAACCAUUCUAA